AUACUCAUAAUUUGGUACUAAAGAACUAAUGGAAAGAGAGUUCAAUAUUCUUCUUUCCGGUGGGGCUAACUAAAUUUACUCUAAUCUGGUAAGUUUCUUGGAACCUUCCCAUCUCCAUCCUCGCAUUUUCUUCCUUCUCCUUCCAAUCAUCGAACCACCAAAUUCUUAUAAAUCAACCAUUAUUUUUUUAGUAGAAAGAAAACCAUAUAAUCAAAUCAGACGCCACAAAGAAAAGCCCUAGAUCUGUGCCGAAAUUUCAAUUUUCAAAGUUCCGUAAGUUUCUCCAAUGGCCGGAACACUUCCUGGUGUAGAAUGUGCUCGAAGAAGACGUUGUCAUCAAAACAGUAUAUGGUCAGAUUCACCGCUAAUCGCCGCUCAGGUUUUAACUAGGAGAUCCGUUCUCUGCUUGUACACAAGUAACAACGAAGCGCUCCUCUUUUCAAAUCCAUCUAUGGAGAGACGUUUGUUAAUGGAGGCAGAAGGAGAAGAUGAACUGGAUGGAAUUGCGAGAGAAGCGAAGAGGAGAUUGGAUGAGCGAUUGUUGAGAACGCAGAGGAAAUCAGAAGAUAAUGGAAGAGAGAUGAUGAGGAGAAAAUUCAGUUGGAGAAAGUUGAAUUGGAUUGGCGUCGAAGAAGAUAAGUGCGGUCAAUGCCUGGUGAAGAAGACGACUUGGAGUUGAUUUUCAGUGAGUUUGUUCUUCAUCUUCAUCAUGAUUGGGGGUGGGAAUGUAAUUUUAGUUAGCUGUUUGUAAUUUAACAAUUUAAACCCAAACAAAUGUAGGAUUUUGAAUAAUUGAAAAAAAUACUCUCCAAUAUAAAUGAUUGAAUAACAAAAUAUUGAGGGAUGGGGUAAUUUUGGAUCUAUGAUACAUGUUUGUUUGAGUUAUGGUUGUUUGGACAUUAAAUAUAUUUUCAUUGGACAUUAAUAAGUUUUAAGACAAGAAGUUGAGGUUUGAGUUUGCUCAUACCAAAACAAAUAUCCAAUUGGUUAAAAGAGAAAGAAAAAUUACAUUUGCAUCUACUCGCAUAUCUAGAAAAUUUUAUUGAACGCGGAUGAGAGAUAAUCUUACCAUUGGAUAACUUUUGAAUUUGAUGUUAUUUUAGAUUUUUAUACAUAAGGCAUAAAGUUUGAGGGCUAGAGCCUCCCAAAGCUAUACAAAAUCAGUCUAAUCUACGAGUGUUUGCAUUAAGUUAUGAUAGGAAAGAUAAUGAGAUUAGUGUGGAAACAAAAAUUGUUUCUCUCCUUCCACGUUAUAAAGAAGAAAAAGAAAGAAAAAUCAAAUACAUCCAUGUUAUCUUCGAAAUGGAUGAUGACCGAUUAGAGUAUAUGUGAUGAGGCUGCCAAUAUCCUUAUGUAUUAGUAUGGCCAUAAGUGCAAAUGAAGCAACAAUGGGGAGAAGAGAACUAUGGUGGAUGACAUGGUAGGUAAGGUUAAAAUCUGAUUUUGGUCUUUAAACUUUGUAAUUUUUAUUUGUUGCCUAUGAACUUUUAAGUAUAUGUUUUGGUUCCCAAACAUUUUUGAAAAAAGCUUACUUAGGUCCACGUCGUUGGAAUUUUGUUAAAACGGAAUGAUGAGAUGACUUUUGGAUGAUUACAAAUUUAUUAUAUUAAUUAAAUUGAUAAAUAAUUAAUAAAUCUUAUUCAUUUAUUUUAUAAAUCUUUUACACCCGCAUAAAAAUAUUAAACCCAAAUUAGAAACUAAUUGACUUAAGUCUCACACAUCUCCUCUUGACUUCUCCCUUUUAUUUAUUUUUCAAAUUGAAAUAAUCUUGAAGCAAAUCACGACGACGUUGUGUUGACGACGACGUUGUGUUGAAGAAAAUAAAAUGGACAUAUUGGUGUUUAACAUGAAUAACAAGUUAAACUAAAAAAAUAAAAUAAGUACAAAGUUGGUUUAAAAUAAACUCUACGAAACUGUAAACAAAUAUUAAUAAUUAGAAGAAAGAGACAAAAAAAAAAAAAACACUUUAAUGAAUCACAAAAUAUUCAAACACUUCAUACAUUACAAAAUUUAUAUGUGGAUGAGUUGCAUCAAGCACAUGACUUGAGAAAAUGAAUUAGAAUGACAAUGCGUCCAAAUGGUAACGAUCAAAAUCGAAAAGAUGCGGACUUUUUGAAUCAUUCGACAAAAUAUCAAUUUACCAUCUAGACCUUGAGUUAAUGAUUAAAACCUAGAUUAUGGAUGAGUGAUUAUCUUAUUUAACCUCCGGAUCAUACAAAUAUAGAAGUUAACUCACCAUUCGAUAGUUGACGUAAUCUUAAUGACAUAGACCAAAGUAUAUUAAAUAAAAAAAUUAGAAACUAAAAGAAACACUUUUAAAAGUUAAAGAACAAAAAUAGAAUUAGAUAUAAAGCUUAGGAACCCAUAUAGAAUUUAAACAAGAAAAUUAACCUCCCUAUCGUUACUUUUACAAUGAAAAUGAUUGGCGGAGUUUGGAUCAACUUCUUGUCCUUUGAAUGUCUAUCAAUAAUAUUGGUAAACAUAUACAUUAGUUUAGAUACAUUCAUCAUUGAUUGUUUAUAACUUUGCCUAACAAUAAUAAGAUGUGUACAUCAAAUUGAACAAAUAUUGAUAAUCGAUUUUGAAAACACCAAGAAACAAGUUAAACCAAUCGAUUUUAGACAGCAGGACCCAAAUCAAUGUCCAAUAAAGAACAAAUAUACCUGCCCUUUGUUUUGAACAGUCACUUUGGCUAACUUUAAAUUAAAUUUUAGUUUAUUUCUUUCCUGAAUAAAGAUAAACAUGCAGAGUAACAUCAUAAUUAGUCUUUUUUUUUUUUCCUCCUAAACAGCAAAUAUACGUAUACUAUAAUAAUGAUGGAAAACAGUGAGAAACACGCCAAUUAAAUUAAAAAUGUUUACAUAUACAGUGAUGUUUAAAAAAAUUAUAAAUAUAGCAAAAUAUGCUAAUAUCGAUAAAUGAUAGAGUGUAUUAUUGAUAGAUCAUUCAAAACGUCGUUCUAUUACCCACAAACUAAAUAAGCUAUAAAUUAUAAACUUUCCUAUAUUUGCAACUUUUAAAAUAGGUUGCUUUAUACUUCAUUAUUAUUUUUAAAAUUGAUAUCUAUAUAUAAAGCACAAAAAUUAAAAAAGAAAAGCCCUAAAACCACAAUCAAAUUCGAUGUAUAUCCCUCUCGCGCGCGCAACCAUCAUCUCCUCCGCGAAGAACAAAUCUAACAGCGACGACGUCGGAGCUCCGGACGGCGGUGCCAUCUCACGACGACAGCGAAUGUGGAACGUCGGAGAGGCGGCGGACCAUCUUAGCAAGUGGAGACUUCGGCGGCGACUGUGGAGACUUGAAAGUGUUUAUAUUUAGGCUUUCUUACCUCUUAAAAUUAUUGAAAGGACACUUUUGGAAGGAUUUCUGAGGGAUCUAUUUAGACGGCCAUAGACUGUGCAGUUGCUAAAAGCAGUGGAUAGAAGGAAAUAUAUCUGCAACAUUUUGCAGUUUUUAUCCUUCUCUAGACCACAAAGGAAAAGAAAAUACCGACCCACUUCCAUGAAUUGUUUGUUACUCGCUGUGAAUAAUCCCACCAAGCUCAAUAAAUUAAAGCUCAAACUAGUCAGAUUUGCCUCCACUGCAAUUGCUCAACUAAACUCAUGUAUUUUUUCACACAGUGAUGAUGAACAAAGUACCUCCUCCUUCAACACAUCUUUGAAUGUUCAAUGUAAACCAUCAAAGGUGGUCCAAGUCCUAGAAAGUCUCCGAAGGGAGCCCAAAAUUGCCUUUUCCUUUUUUUGUGAAUUGGAGGAACGGGGAUUUCAACAUAACAUCUCUACUUACGCAGCUCUUAUUAGGAUUUUGUGCUCUUGGGGUUUGGGGAGAAAGCUUGAAACUCUGUUUUUGAAUCUCAUUGGAUCCAAAAAAGUGGAAUUUGAUGUCUUAGAUUUGAUUGAAUCACUUAAUCAAGGGUGUGUGGUGGAUGCCUCAUUUAUUCGAGUAUAUGAUGCCUUAAUCAAGGCUUAUGUCAGUGUUAACUUGUUUGAUAGUGUUGUGGAUUUACUCUUCCGAUUAGGAAGGAAGGGAUUUGUUCCACAUAUUUUUACUUGUAAUUAUCUCUUGAACCGGCUUAUUGAGCAUGGGAAAAUGAAUAUGGCUCUAGUUGUGUAUGAGCAGUUGAAGAGGUUUGGUUGCCAACCUAACGAUUACACUUAUGCUACUGUAAUAAAAGGGCUUUGUAAAAUAGGUAAAAUGGAAAAAGCUAUAGACAUUUUUGAGGAGAUGAGUGGAUAUGGGAUGGUUCCUAAUGCCUUUGCUUGUGCUGCAUAUAUUGAAGCGUUGUGUACCCAUGAUUGUUCAACUUCAGGGUAUCAGUUGCUACAAGCAUGGAGAGCGGAACUAUUCCCAAUAGACACGUAUGCUUAUACUGUAGUCAUUCGUGGGUUUUGUGAUGAGAUGAAAAUAGAUGAGGCAGAAUCUGUCUUUCUUGAUAUGGAAAAUUAUGGAGUAGUUCCAGAUGCACAAACAUACGGUGUGUUGAUCAAUGGCUAUUGCAAGAAGUUGAAUUUGCAAAAAGCUUUGUCUCUUCACAGUCUCAUGCUGUCAAAAGGUAUAAAAUCAAAUUGUGUGAUUGUCAGCUUUAUCCUUCAAUGCUUCCUUAGGAUGCAAAUGUAUUCAGAAGUAGUGAACCAAUUUAAAGUAUUUCAGGGAAAGGGGGUAUUUUUGGACAAUGUUGUAUACAAUAUUGUUGUUCAUGCCCUAUGUGAACUAGGGAAAUUGGAGGAAGCUAUUGAGUUGUUAGAAGAAAUGACAAGUAGACAGAUCCAGAUGGAUGUCAUGCAUUAUACAACAAUGAUUAAAGGUCUUUUUGCUCAAGGAAAAAUUCAUGAAGCAAUGAUGAUGUUUGAAAAUUUGAAGAAAAAUGGUGUUGAGCCUGACUCCAUCACUUAUAGUGUGCUUGCUGCUGGAUUUUCUAGAAAUGGUCUUGUAUCUAAGGUCCAAGACCUUCUAGACUACAUGGAGGAACAUGGUUUGAGAAAAGACCCUAAGAUGCCCGACCUGAUAAUUGAAAAUUUAUGCAUAGGAGGAAAAGUGAAAGAAGCAACUGAAAUUUUCAAUAGUUUAGAAGUAAAGACGGUAGAUAACUAUGCUGCCAUGAUUAAUGGGUAUUGUGCAGCCAGUGAUACGAAAUCUGCUUAUAAACUUUUUGUUAAUUUGUCCAAGGAAGGAAUUUUUAUUAGAAGAAGUUCUCUCGUUAGGCUAGUUAGCAGGCUUUGCAUGGAAAAUUCUAGCUUUAGAGCUAUUGAGGUGAUGAAACAACUUCCAGUUAUGAAUGUGGAGGCUAAAGAAAUUGUUUACAAUAAAGUCAUAGCUUCCCUAUGCCGGGUAAAAAAUAUGAAGAUGGCCCAAUGUUUAUUUGAUUGUUUAGUUCGUGCUGGCUUGAUUCCCGAUCUUAUCACUUACACAAUGAUGAUAAAUGGUUAUUGCAAGAUUAAUUACUUGAGAGAAGCUUAUGAACUUCUGUGUGAUAUGAGGAAUCGAGGAAGGGAACCUGAUAUUUUUGUCUAUACAGUUUUGCUUGAUGGUGGAUUUAAAACCAGUUUACAAAAGUGCUCCUCUGUAGAAAUAGCUUUGACGUCUUCAAUUUUUAAUGAAAUGAAGGACAUGAAGAUCACUCCAGACGUUGUUUACUACACUGUAUUGAUUGAUGGGUAUUGUAAAAUGAACAACCUUAAUGAUGCUUUUGUCCUCUUUGAGGAAAUGGUUGAUCAAGGAAUAGAGGCUGAUGCAGUGACUUAUACUGCCCUACUGUCCAGCUGUUGUAGAAAUGGAUAUAAGGAGAAGGCUCAAACCCUCUGUUAUGAAAUGACGUCUAAGGGAAUUCUUCCUCCUAAUAAUUUCUCAUAUCUGUUGCAACACGAUACUUUAGAAACCAAGAAAAUUUAACUUUGCAAGCUCUUUACUGAAUAACAGUCAUGGAUUCUCCACAACUGAAAUCUACUUGAGCAAUAUAGUGAACUCUGCCUUGACCUGAUGAUGAAAUAGUCAAGUGUGUGGAAUUGCUGCAGUAAUGGGGUUGGAAGGAAAUUAAAAUAUACAAAAUCCAGUUUCUGUGAAGGGAAGUCAGUCUCCUCUGUUGCAAACAUGGUGCAGAUGUUAUCCAGAGCUCUGCUGAAUAACAUGCGGAGUAGCAUUUCCUUUUUUUCGGAGCAUUAUCUUGGUUCCACGUAGAUGAAAGGUGUUGUUGAGGCGCAGCAGGCGCUCGCUUAAGGCUAGAGCGAGGCCAGUGUUUUGAAAGGAACACUUCAGGCACGCCUAGGUGCUAGGUGCAACAUUGGCGCUUCAUUAUACCCACGGCUAAAAUUGAUUUAAUACAAGUGCAGAUUUCUUCAUCUUCAAAAAACCAUAUAUGGCUGAGGACAGUUCAAGAAAAGAUCUAGCAUGGAAAUAUGCUCGAUUGCAAAAUGAGCGAGAUGUUAAUACGUUAUUGUAUGGUUUUUGUUUAAAAGCAACUAAAGGAGGAGUUUUUAGAAUGAAACAACAUCUCGUUGGUGGUUAUAGAAAGGCCACAGCUGGUAGAAAAUGCCUUGAUCACGCGAAGGAAGAAAUUAAAGCUUAUAUGUCCAAGAAAAAGGAGAUUAAAGAGCAAAGAAAUUUGAUUGUUGAUAUUGAUGCAAAGACUUAUGGUUUUGAAUAUGAAGAUAACGAUGUGUAAGUAACCUGAAUGAAAGAGUGGAUCGGGUUUAAAGAGGCCAAGUCAAAAAGGUCCAAUGGAUGUAUAUUGUACACCUAACCUGAAAGUUGUUGAUAAUAGAAAGAAUUACAAAAAAAAAAGGGAAAACAAAACACAAUGAUUGAAGCAUGCAAAAGGAGACGAGUGAGCAAAUCAUCCAAAGAAUUGCUCGUUGGAUUUAUAAUGUUGGAGUGCCUCUAAAUGCUUGUACUUAUGAUAGCUUUGCUCCCUAUGAAUGAGGCAAUAAGACAAUUCGAUCCUGGAUUGAAACUUCAUGAAUUGAGAUUGCCGUGUUUGAAAAAGAAAUUAUAAUCCACAAAUAAGUUGAUGAAGAGCCAUAAGGUGAAUGGUGAAGGUUGGAUGCACUAUUAUGGCUGAUGAUGGACACAAGAAAUAGGACAUUAACUUUUUAGUUAAUAGUCCUAAAUGCACUAUGUUGAUUCUGUUGAUGCUUCAUCUUAUGUGAAGGAUGGAAAGAAAAUGUUUGAGUUGGCUUGACAAUUUCGUAAAGGUCAUUGGAGAGGCCACCAUGUUACCUCAACAAAUGUUAUGGCAUAAAAAAAAGUUUGAAGUACCAACUCUUUAUUAAAUUUGUUAGUUAUGCCUACAGAUUUAAGAAGUUUAAAUAUGUUCGAUUGUUAGAAGCAAAACAACCACAAUUAAUUUGCUCUCUAUGUGCCGUGCAUUGCUUUAGAUUUGAUGUUGGAAGAUAUGUACAAGAUCCCACAUAUCCACAACCCAUUUAAAAGAGGCAUGGGUGUUAGCAAUUUCAUUUUUGUUUGUUCACGAUUGUUAAACAUGAUAAGGCGCAAGACCAACUAAGAAUCGUUCCGCUACAACUUGCAUGACACUAUCAAAGUUUACAUCGCCAGAAAAACAAUUUGAGAACUAUGUUUAUUUCGGAUUAAUGGAAAAACAACAAAUGGAGUAAAAAACAAGGAAAACAGCUGCUCAAAUAAUUUUGUUCAUAACUUUUUGGAAUACCAUCAUGUUUGCUCUUAAAGAAUCCAACUGUUUGGUGCGAGUACUUAGGUUGGUGGAUGGCGAGAAGAAGCCUCCCGUCAAAUACAUUUAUGAGGCUAUGGAUAGAGCCAAGGAGGCCAUUGCAAAAUCCUUUGAUGGUAAGGAAGAAAAGGACAGGCAUUUUCACAAUAAUUCCUUUGAUGGUAAGGAAGAAAAGGACAGGCAUUUUCACAAUAAUUGAUCGACGGUGGGAGCUUCAGUUGCAUUGUUCUUUGCAUGCAAUAGGAUGUUAUCUAAACCCAGAAUUCUAUUACUCCAAUCCAAAUAUUCAAGCUGAUGAUGAAAUUGUCAAUGGUUGUAUACACGUAUAACAAAGAUGGUUGCUUCCUUGGACAUUCAAGAUAAGAUACUUAGAAAGCUAACCUUACAAGAAAGUUGAAGAACUAUUUGGACGGGCUUUAGCAAUUAGACAGAGGGACAAAAUUUCUUCAGGGAAAUGGUGGGAUGAUUUCAGGCAAUCAACUCCCAACUUGCAGAAGUUCACUGUGAGAAUUUUAGAUCUCACUUGUAGUGCCUUGACAUGAACGUAAUUGGAUCGUUUUUGAACAAGUUAGGUAUCUUCUAUUACUUGUAAUGCCUUUAGAUGCUAAUGUAAUUGAAUCGAACAAUAAAACUUUUGUUAUAUACUUGUAGCAACAUAGCAAGAAAAGGAAUAGACUGCUUGAAGUCGAAUGAAUGAUUUAGCCUUCAUAAAAUAUAGUAGAGCAUUGAAGCAUCGAUAUACUAUUUAGGACAUUGCGGACCCCAUCUCUAUAAAAGAAAUAAUGAAUGAAUGUUUGGAAGAAUAGAUGAUGAUUAAGAGAAGGAUGAUCUUGUUUUUGUCGUUGAUUCUUCAACAUAGGUGAUGUUUCAAGAGCUGCUGGACCAAAAGAACUUGCCUAUUAUUCUAGAGUUGGUUCCUUAAGAACCAAGUCUAAGACUAAGCUUCAUGUUUAUCUUCAUCUUCGGCACAACUACUGCUCCAACCCAGUUACUUUGGAUGACUUUGAGAUGGGCAAAGAAGGUAUAGAUGGUUGUAAGUCGAUUGAUGGAGAGAAUGAAGACGAAAACCUAUUUAGUGAAGAUGACUCCUAUCUUUAGGAUUUUAGCAUUGUAUUUGUAAUUGUUUUUGUGUCAUUUUACUUAAGUUGGUGGUAAAUGAACAGUAUUUAAACCUUAUUGUUGCAACAUCAUCGCGUCUAUGGGGUUUUUUUUGAGGCGAAAGGUUUGAGGUUGCCAUUUGUGAUUGGUGAUCAAUUUUAAAAAUAAAUGGUCUACUUUUACCAAA